AUGCCACCAAAAUCGCGUGCAAAGAUAAAAAACCAAGUUGAACAAGAAGGAAGGGUCCUACUUGCCAUCUCAUCCUUAAAAAAGAAAGAAAUUACCAAUAUCCGUGAAGCUGCACGCCUAUAUGAUGUACCUCGGACUACACUACAACGCCAAUUGAAUGGCAGUACAAAUCGUGCUGAAAAACGAGCCAAUGGCCUUAAAUUAACAAAAGAAGAAGAGGAAUCACUUGUUCAAUGGAUACUAUCUAUGGACCAAUGUGGAGCAGCUCCCCGACCGUCUCAUGUUCAAGAUAUGGCCAAUAUACUUCUUUCCAAUCGUGGUUCAUCCAACAUCCAACCAAUUGGCCAGAACUGGGUGUAUAAAUUCAUCAAACGUCAUGACCAAUUGAAGACCAAGUUCUCAAGAAGAUACAAUUAUCAGUGUGCUAAAUGCGAGGAUCCAAAGCUCAUCAAGGAGUGGUUUGACCGUGUACAACUCAUCAUAAUGCAGUAUGGGAUUGCAUAUGAAGACAUCUACAAUUUUGAUGAAACUGGUUUUGCUAUGGGCCUUAUUGCUACUGCCAAAGUAGUAACCAGAUCUGAAACUGUUGGCCGUCCUACACUAUUGCAGCCUGGGAAUCGUGAAUGGGUUACUGCAAUUGAGUGUGUUAAUGCUAUGGGAUGGGCUCUGCCUCCUGUUACAGAACUCGCUGUAUCAGCCUCACGUGAUGAUACAGAGUUAAGACAGGCUCAUUGGAUAACAGCUCAUGGAGAAUAUGCAAGAAGGAACAGGGAUCAAAUUGAUAUUCGGCGUGUUGGCACCUGA